GGGACAGAUUCGGGCAAUGCGGGCAGUUGCGAUAGUUGGAGGAGCGCUGCUACUGCUAUGUGCGAUGGCAGCGGCAGCCUCAACAGGAGGAGCGAAGACGGCAAAGUCACAGGCAGAGCUGAGGCUCGCGUUCAAGAGGACAGACCAUGCUAAGAUGCAGGAUAUCAAGCUUCAUCAUCUCAACCACAUUGCCAUGGGUACCUCGGAGCUUCAACAGAACAGCACAGGAACGGCAGAGUCUGCGAACUCGACCUCCGCUGCAGAAGCUCCAACAGCACCGAAAGCAGAGAAGAAGGAUGAUGGCAGUGAUGAUGACGACGAUGACGAUGACGAUGCAAGAGCCGGUUUCUGGAAAAAGCUGAUAGGAAGCAAUGGCAUGGAGGGAGGCAACGAACAUCCAUCGACGGAGUUCCCACAGAUGGUUUGGUUCAUUCCAGUGGUGGCCUUGAUCGCCGUAGGUGUUGCUAUCACUGCUUAUUGCUCUUUCGCGACUUGAGGUGUCCGCUCGUGAAAAACUCGCAGUCUUCUCGAAUCCAACAGCCAUCUUGCACUCUAAUUAUUGAUUCCAUCCCAGAUAUACAUAAUUGUUUGACCUCCAGCCUUUUCACGAGUAAUGAAACAUGAAAGCG